CCUAGCUAGUUUGUCUUGUCCUAGCCAAUAGCUGCUUCUGUUCUGUCUGCCUAGUAUAGCCUUGUACCAUGGCUGUGCUAGCCAAGUGCAUUCUUGUGUUCUCCCUCUCCGCCGUGCUCCUCUCUCUACUUGGCACCAGCGCCUCCGCCGUGGGCCUGCCCCCGCCUCAGUCGCCGGUGAACUUCAGCAUCGGCGUGCAGGGCAUGGUCUGGUGCAGGACCUGCAGGUACAGUGGCUACAACGCCGACAUGGAAGCCUCCCCGCUCCAAGGCGCGGUGGUGUACCUGCAGUGCCGGCACGGCCCACGGCGGCUGAAGAGGGUGGGAGGGGUGACAGGCCAGGGCGGCUACUUCAUCAUCCAGUCGUCGCAGAUGGCGUCCUUCACCAGCAAAGAGUGCAAGGUGUACGUGGAGAGCUCGUCGUCGGCGGUGUGCAGCCUCGCCGACCAACCGGCCGCUGGCAAGGGGCUGCCGCUCAAGUUCGAGUCCUUCGUCAAGCAGGGCGACGGCCUGCAGGCGCUCUACUCCGUCGGCAACUUCAUGUUCCGCCCCAGCGACCCCAACAAGUGCUACUGAUCCAUCCAGCCAUCGAGAACCAUGGAUGAACUUGUAGGAGUUGAAUAAAUGUAUUAGGAUUAAUUAACUGUUGGAGACGCGUCGAUUGAUUAGCUGGGAUAUGCAGGCUUUAAGGUUGAUCGUUUCUUCGGUCGUUGCAGUGUUUUUUUAAGGGAAGUUGUUGCAGUGGUUUUGUAAGCUUCUUAAUUUAGUUAGCAGCAACAUACAUGGUCGGAAUAACUCGAAUGUGAAUUGAGGAAUGCAAAUCCUAAAACUAUUCAAGGAUGCCAGGUUAGUCCUAAUACUAUACCAACACGAACAUCCGAGUCAAGUUUUUUAAGCA